AUGGGUGGAAAGAAACAAACCCGAUCGAUAGAUCGCCCAUCAUCUGGUGCUUCCCUCUCUAUCAUUCUCUAUCCUCACUUCUCACUCUCCCAUUCCUCUCUCUCUCUCUCUCUCUCUCUCUCUCUCUCUCUCUCUCUCUCUCUCUCUCUCUCAUUCCCCUAUCGGUCGCUUGUUCGAUCCAGAUUUGUCGACAGAGCAGCGAUUGUGGACUUGCGGCUUAUUGAAAUUUGCAUGACGCCCAUAGUCCAUGUGCAAAACAUUAUCUAUCUAUCUAUCUAUCUAUCUAUCUAUCUAUCUAUCUAUCUAUCCUAUCUUCUCAGUCUGUUCAUAUCUAUCCAUCUAUCUAUCUAUUUAUCUAUCAUAUGUUCUUCUCAUAUCUCUGUUCACCUAUCUAUCCAUCUAUAUAUCUAUCUAUCUAUCUAUCUUUAUCUAUCAUAUCUAUCUAUCUAUCUAAUCAUAUGUUCUAAAUCUGUUCAUAUCUAUCUAUCUAUCCAUCUAUCUAUAUCAGUCUUUAUCUAUCUAUCUAUCUAUCUAUCAUCUAUCUAUCUAUCUAUCUAUCUUCUUCAGUCUGUUCAUAUCUAUCUAUCUAUCUAUCUAUCUAUCUAUCUAUCAUAUGUUCUAAAUCUGUUCAUAUCUAUCUAUCUAUCCAUCUAUCUAUAUCAUCUGUUCAUAUCUAUCUAUCUAUCUAUCUAUCUAUCUAUCUAUCUUCUCAGUCUGUUCAUCUAUCUAUCUAUCUAUCUAUCUAUCUAUCUAUCAUAUGUUCUAAAUCUGUUCAUAUCUAUCUAUCUAUCCAUCUAUCUAUAUCAUCUGUUCAUAUCUAUCUAUCUAUCUAUCUAUCUAUCUAUCUAUCUAUCUAUCUAUCCCCGUCUGUUCAUAUCUAUUUAUCUAUCUUUCUUUUUUGUUUCUUUUAUUCAAGCCAAGAUAUUUUGUUCAAUAUAUUAUACAACGAGCAGCGUAGCGUAUGAUAUCACUGGUAGGAUAUAUUACAAAACUAGCUGA